GUCCUUCCGGGUUGCAUGCGGUUCUCUCCGUGCUUUACGCUUUGAGGUGAUUGUUGUUAAGCGUCUCGCACUGUAUUGUAAAAUAUCGCAUAUAGAGUGAGAGAAUGGCAGACUUUAGUAGUUUCGAUAUGCCGUCGGCCGGUUCGUCGGAAAAAGCGGAAGCGGCGGAACUUCAGCGUCUGAUUGCUGUGGAGCAACAGAAAGCACAGUUUCAGGCUCAGGUACACAACUUCACAGAUGUGUGUUGGGACAAAUGUAUAGACAAGCCAAGCUCAAAACUGGACUCACGUACCGAGACGUGCCUCGUGAGCUGUGUGGAGCGCUUCAUCGACACCACUCUCGCCAUCACCAACCGCUUCACACAGAUGGUGCAGAAGGGCACACAAUGAGCAUGCUGUCAUACUGCGACCUCUCAAGGACGAGUGGCCUAUGAUCCUCUCAGCAGCUGAAUUUACUACCACAAUCCCAGACUGAAUCCCAAAUGACUCUUUACUCCCUACUGACAUGCAGCUAAUUUACCCGGGGACAAGUCCAGAAAUCCAGAGCCUGCUGAAAAAACUUACCCUAACGCAUUCCUUCAAUAAAAUUCCUUAAAACAAUAAAAUUUAAGUCCCAAGGAAAUAUAUACACUUUUAUCCUCAUUGAUAUGCAAGAGUCUUUAAAUAUUUACACGUCUUGAUGCCAUCCAGAAUAGAUUUCCAGCAAUUUGCCUGCUAGUACACAAACUAGUAUGUGUCACAGCUCUCAAGCCUCAGAGGUUAUAACACAUUUCAUACAUUCAUAUAUAUCUAUAAGAGAAUACCUAAGAACUAUUCACAGUGGACUGUUUAUGAUUAUAGUAAUACUAUCUUUAACUUAAUGAUCAUCUUAUUACAUCAUUAUUUACAAGCUGCUAUUGUUUUUUUCUUUGCAGCACCUUGGACUUUUGUUUAAAAUAAUUAUCCAGUUGUAG